AGCGGCGCCGAAUCAUGGAAAGCCAGCCUCCAGCCUCCACCGAAAGAUACGCGGCCUCAAACCGAGGACGUCACUGCUACAAAGGGUAUAGAAUUCGAGGACAUGCACAUACGGCGCGAGCUCUUGAUGGGCAUCUUCGAGGCUGGCUUCGAACGACCCUCUCCCAUCCAAGAAGAGGCGAUACCCAUCGCCCUCACCAAGCGUGACAUUCUUGCUCGUGCUAAGAACGGUACUGGCAAGACCGCUGCUUUCGUGAUACCUUCUUUGCAGCAGAUUGACAUCAACAAGAACAAGAUCCAGGCUUUGCUGCUUGUACCCACACGUGAACUUGCCCUCCAGACCGCCCAGGUAUGCAAGAUCCUUGGCAAGCAUAUGGACUUGCAGGUCAUGGUCACGACUGGCGGAACAACACUCAAGGACGAUAUCAUCCGGUUGUCAGAGAUCGUACACGUACUCGUUGGCACACCGGGCCGCAUUCUCGAUCUCGUAGGCAAGAGCGUGGCAGACCUCAGCGAAUGUCCCGUCUUCGUUAUGGACGAGGCGGAUAAGCUCCUU